GGUGCUCGACCUAAAAGUCCCGGAGAUGAAACAAAACAUAGCUAUCGAAAGGUACCGGUUUUGGCAAUAUAGAUUAUUAAAAUAUGAUCGCCAAUAUGUAUCGCAGUAAUUUGUAGUUAAGCGCAUGAUUAACUCUAGAGAAUGAUGAAUUGCGGUUAUAAAGGGUUGUGUUAGAUUGCUUAACUUGCAUCGGAAAAUCUAACCGCGUGUCACACUUUAACAACCCCCAAAGCACGAAACAAACAUGGCUGCGGCCAGAGGUACCAGUGGUUCUGUCCCUCAUUCCGAUGAUACUGGAGCCGAAAGUUUCCCCUUCGGGAUUUCUAGAAGCACGCCGACAGGCAAACCGUCCGAAAAACAAGAAAAUGCUGGCGAUCAGAAAGAGAAGCCUUGCAGGGCAUGUAUGGAUUUCAAAUCUUGGAUGAAAAUACAGAAGAAACAAACGUCCAUGCAGCAGGGGGACCGUGACGUAGAAGAUCGCGAAAGGACAGCCGAGUGUCCGUUGGAUAGAGAGGAUCUUGGCAGAAAUACGUGGUCUUUCCUUCACACUACGGCCGCUUAUUACCCCGACAAACCCAGCGACAGCCAGCAGCAAGAUAUGAAGCAGUUCAUCAUCCUUUUCUCCAAAUUCUUUCCCUGCGACGAGUGCGCACAAGACUUAAGAUCGAGACUGAAAACGAAUGAACCAGAUGUAAGUAGUCGGCACAAUUUGUCUCAGUGGAUGUGUCGUCUCCACAAUGGCAUCAAUCUUCGACUUGGCAAGCCGGAGUUCGACUGUUCUAAAGUUGAUGAACGAUGGCGAGACGGCUGGAAAGAUGGUUCGUGUGACUGAUGUCUGGAAACAACAGUCCUGCUGAACAGCCGACGGCCAUGCAGGUUUCCAUCUGAAGAUCGGUUAGUGUUAGUCGGACACUAGUGAGGAAGUGCGGUAUCAAAUUUGCACAAACAUCGUCUUGUUGUCUAUGUGAAAAUCGCAUUUUAAGUUGGUAUGUCAAUGAAAUAUUUUUUGGUUGGGGGGAAAUAAACGUCAAGUUUCAAUUUCCAUAUUGAAA